CAGCCUUUCCACUUACCGCCCCCGGUUUUGCCUUCCCUUCCCAACUUUCAGCUCACACAGCCUCCGGAUUCUCCACUCAAUCUACCUCCAUAUAUAUACACCAAACCUCACACCACCAUCUUCACAAUCAAAUCAACACAGGCUCACCUUUACUUCAACCUCACUACUCUCUUUUACAAUUCCCAAUUUCAUCUUCUUCAUCCGAAAUCUAAGCGAUCAUGAGCUCAGGAAGGAGGGCUUGGAUUGUGGCUUCAAGCAUCGGAGCCGUAGAGGCAUUGAAAGAUCAAUUAGGGGUUUGCAGGUGGAAUCAUCCUGUCAGGUCUUUGGUCCAGCACGCCAAGAACAAUCUCAGAUCUUAUAGCCAGGCCAAGAAAUUGUCGGCUUCUUCUGCUGCUGCUGUUUCCAACCAGGUCAGGAGGAGCAAGGAGGAGCGCAUGAAGAAAGUCAUGGACAUGAAUUGCUGGGGUCCUAGUACCACCAGAUUCUGAUUCUCUUGAAAGAUGACUUCCUGGUGCCGAGAAAAGAUCUCACAUCCCUUGUGCUGAAUCAAUCUAUCAUUCCUCCAGUUUUGUUCAUGCCUAUAUGAUUUUAAAAAAAAACAAAGAAAAGAAGACAGGUUCUGCCUGUUAUGUAGUGAUUGAAUCGCUAGAAUUUGGUUAGGGCAUGGUAUGUAAUUAAUUUGCAUGUACAUUGGGAAUGGAAGAAAGUGCCGAUAAGUUGGUGGAUCUCUCUGAUUUGCAAUGUUAACAAGGAUAUUGCUGUGUA